AUGCACAUAACUGGCAACUUGGAGUCAAAUAAGGAGAAGACUAUGGCAAUGUUGGAAGGUGGUCAGAUUAUUACAAAGGUCCUGAAGCAAGAGAAUGUGGAAUAUCUAUUUACACUCUGUGGUGGGACGAUCGAAUCGAUUUAUGAAGGGUGCCUGAACGACGGCAUCAAAAUCAUCGAUACGCGCAUAGACCCAUCUGCGACAAUGAUGGCAGAUGCGUAUGCACGGGUCACCGGGGGCGUAGGAGUUAGCGGUGUCACCCGUGGACCGGGGCACGCUGCCAUGAUCUACGGGCUAGCGACGGCGCACAUGAUGGGUAGUCCGCUGUACUCGAUAAGUGGUAACAGCGAUGCGGAUCAGAUCGACAUGGGAGGUUCUCAGGAAUACAACCAAACGGGAUUGGUCAAGCCGAUUACCAAAUGGACGCGAUUGGUUGCACAGACCGAGCGGCUGCCAGAGUAUGUUGGUACAGGAUUCCGUAAGGCACUGGGCGGGCGUCCGGGACCUGUUCACCUGAACGUGCCUUACGAUGUAUUGUAUGACAAGAUCGACGAUGCGGAAAUCGCUUAUCCUGAACCGGCGAACUCUCGUGCGAACGGUAGAGUACACGGCGAUCCAGAGCAGAUAGAUCGCGCAUUGAAGUUGCUAGCACAAGCGGACAGCCCGGUAAUUAUCGCCGCGGGCGCGACUCACUGGCAGAACGCCGCGGGUGCACUCGUAGAUUUUGUGGAAGCAACGGGGAUACCGUUCUUCGCAAGGGGCGGCGAUGUCAACGCAAUUACUCGUCCGCAUCCACUCUUUUUUGGCGCAGCGACUACCCGAUUCGGCAAUGCCUCAAAGGAGCUGUGCAAUGCCUGA